AUGGUUGGUGAUGUUGUUGUUGAAGGGAAGAAAGUAAAGCUUGCACUCAAUCAUAUCACGGUGUGUCAACAUACCGAAAGAAACGUGUGCCAGGAUUCACGUGAGGCGAAUACACCGGCGGAUAUUCAGAAGCAGAAGCCUGAAGUCAAAGAAAACAGUUGCUUAGUUGUCCCUGUUUUGAAGCAAAAAUCUCAAAAGCUGAGCAGAGGAGGUGAAGAAUUAGUGAAGAUUGUGGUGAAAGAACAGCAGGUAUGGAUCGUCUCUCAAGAAGGAGGGAACCGAUUACUCAAGGCACAUGUUGCCAGCGAAGAGGUUUCCCGAAUAAUGAUGGAGGGGCGUUCUCGUGGCCAGAGACUCAAUAGUCUCGCUUGGAAAGGGCCUUUGAUUGACGACAACGGAUAUGGCUAUACAGUUGACUCAUCGCCUGAAAGAUCAACUUGGAUGGAAAUGCUUCAGCAUAUGUGGUUGAACCCAACCCGUCAGCUUGAGCCGUGCCGCCGUACCGAUCCAGCCACUCGACUGCCACCCAUCGGCCGGCCCAAACCCGCGUCAGCGUCUCCUGGUGUAGAGAAAUGGCGUCCGAAAACUAUGGCAGGCAAACAAGGCGACAAGCCAGGCACCGGCCGGCGCUACGCUCUGCAUGUGUUACAACGCAAGCCCGGAACCGGAAGACGAGCCGAUUGCGACAAUGCUGCUGCUAAAUGCAAGUGUUCAUCCGUCAACCAUGGCCCAGGCGUAACGUCGCAGAUUUCAGCCAGCGCCCUCAACAAACCGGGCGUUGCUCCCGCGUUUCAAACAAACCGCAGGCAGGGAGCGCGCUCGGUCCAGGAGGUAUUUGGCCUGAGCAGAAAGCCAAGCCUCAUCAAACUUGCGUCUUUGGAAGAAUAUCAGCAAAGUGGUAAAGUUGCGCAAAGAGAGAGAGAGAGAGAGAGAGGCCGUGGAUCUGACGCUGCGACAAUAAGCAAGAUGCGCGUUCUUCGGGGAACCAGCCGGGAGGAAAACUUGACUCCGGAGCUUAUGCAAGGUCCUCCCGCCGGGAGUAGAAAAGACAAAGGUUUUUUGAAGUAUGCAGGGACGGAGAAGACGGAGGUAUUGCCUCACGCCGGUGCAUGGCUAAGUCAAGCGAAGCAUCGACAGACGGACACAUGUCUUGAGUCGAGCAUCAUGCCUGAUGACGUACCGCAAGGGUUGAAGCAAGAGUUGACAAUGUCUAGGAGCAUCCAUGAAGACCUCGUCAAGUUCAAAGAAGGGAACAUGAGGCGCAAGCGGUAUGCGCACCGCCUCGUUGGGAUCGAUGAUCGCACCGAAGGAGUGGAACAUUCCACGAGUCGCAUCUUAUUCCUUCGCACUGCAUUUUCCAAACUCGAUGAGACGCCCUGUCGGCCCGAAUUUUCUUGCACCCCGGGGCAGGGUUGGUUUAGAGUCUUGGUGAGCAGAAACGACAAGAAACUGUGCUGGUCUCCAUUCCGUGGACUCUGGAGUCUAUCCGAGCUUCAGCGUUGCAAAGAAAGCUUCUCCUCCGUCCGGCCCCGCGUGCCGGGAGACCCGUUAGCAUGGUCAGCCAUGCCCGAAGCUCACGCCUCGAAGGGUUCCGGGUCCGAUGUUCAGGCUCACUUCAUCAUUUAUCGUUGCAACUUGUUAAAGUCACUGCCCGAUUUUCCAUGUGUUACCCUGGUCAACUCGCAAAUGGUUCCUUUUGCCCGUCUUGUGCCCGGAAGGGGUGUAUCAUGGCCCAUCUGGUUCGCUUCCUCUCCCACCCCCUUGGGUAGUCUUGAUCCGCCAGGCUUCCACGUCCGAUCAUCGAACGCAGCUAGAAGGACCGGGUCUCACCAGGAACCCAUGCCGCGAACUUUCCUUCAGGGUGCAGCCCGCCGGGGAGAUAUACAAGCCAUGGACUCCACUGUUAUCAGAAGCAUUACUCGCCUUCACUUGCAGUCUACACAUAAGAAUGAGCCUUUCUUCUCACUGGUCUGCAGCUACUUUAUCACAUUUUUCCAGCUUCAACCAUCAGACUCAUUGAUCGCUCAUCGCCAGCCGACUUGUCACCUCAUUUUUCUCGGACCCAUCAUCUGUACAUCAAGCAAGAUCUCAUCACAAUGGACUACAGAAGCUCAAGUAGAUCGAGCCGCUCAGGUUCUGGUCAGCAGUCAAGGCACCGAGACGCCAGCGGAAGACUCAACGAGGGCUCACAUUACGUCAAAACCUCAAGUAGUGAUCGAUCACGCGAAGUUCCCCAGGGCCGCAGCGGCUACAACCGAACCCGCGAACAUGGUCACGGUGUUUCACCGAAAGGCAGAUCCGGAUACAACUGACAACUACAAGAAAUCAGCAAGGAUGAAUGCAAAUAGACUAUACAAGAAAGGGUUCAUGGGAUAG